GACAUAGAGAAUUGACAAGAAAAAUCACGCAAGGGAGGAGAGAGAGAAGGGGGGAGCAUAGCAUAGGCAUAGCAAGAGCAAAGCUGAAAAAGAGGAGCACCACUCGUGGGGGGUUAAAACCCCGAGAACAAACUUGGGAGUAGCAGCGGCCAGCCGGAAGCGAGCGGAGACCGAGGGGAGAGGGGGUGAAGAAGCAACGAGACGCAGCGAGCAAGCGAAAGCAUACCAGAGCACCAAGCAUAGGGACGCGCGCGCUUCUCCAGUUCUCCCUCCCUGCCCUGCAAGGCGGCUGCAACUGUUCCAGCUAGCCCCUCUCCCAGCCUCUGCGUCGUAGACGUGGUAGUAGCAGCCGCAGCAGCAGAAGCGGCGGCGAGCAUGCUCUUGGCACCCCUCCCCGGCGCCGGGCGGAUCUGCCGGAGGGCGGCGGCCGGGGCGCUUGGAGCGCGGCGCUAACCGCGUUCGAAGGACCUCGGGAUCUGACGCCGCGCCUCCCCUAAUCGAUCGACUCCAUCGGUGGCGGCGGCGGCCGAGGCGGCAGCAGCCGGGUCUCUCGGCUCCGGGACAAGAUAAGCUUUUGCUCUGCGCAUUCGCGCUGCUCAAACAUCGUAGCCAGCCACACCAAGCAACUGACUUGUGCUCCUCUGAUUGUACAAGGGAAAGAUUGCGCUUGCGCUUGCUUGGGCGCCGGCCGCGCCGGUGGCGGUAAUCUUCGAGAGCCGCGGUCGCGGCGCGCGGUGAAGAGAAAAAAAGGUGUGUGUGUGUGAGAGAGAGAGGAGGCUCCCUGCCCUCUCGCGGUGACUUGGCGAGGAGGGGGAGGGACUGGGAAAGCGAAUGGUUUUCGGGAAGGCGCUGUGAUUUGGCCUGGAAAGGAGGAACCUUUCCUUCCUCUUCCCGUCCUUUGCCGGCUCUUGUACCGCCCUCAGAUCGGCGACCCGGUUGUUUCUUCGGCAACGGGCGGAAAUGAGGCUCUCGUCGUCGUCCGGCAGCGUCCUGCCGGCUCAGCCGGGCUCGCCGGAAGCUGUGGAGGAGCACAAGUGCCUGAACUCGGAGUUGUGGCAUGCUUGUGCCGGCCCGCUUGUUUCCUUGCCCGCGGUGGGUAGCCGAGUUGUGUACUUCCCUCAGGGCCACAGCGAGCAGGUAGCAGCAUCAACAAACAAGGAAAUAGAGUCUCAGAUCCCCAACUAUCCUAAUCUGCCGCCACAGCUUAUAUGCCAACUUCAUAAUGUGACGAUGCAUGCUGAUGCAGAGACAGAUGAGGUAUAUGCACAGAUGACACUACAACCACUCAACCCGCAAGAACUGAAGGACCCAUAUUUACCUGCAGAAUUAGGUUCGGCCAAUAAACAGCCAACAAACUAUUUCUGCAAAACAUUAACAGCAAGUGAUACCAGUACCCAUGGUGGGUUCUCCGUUCCCCGUCGAGCAGCUGAGAAAGUGUUUCCUCCACUGGAUUUCACCCAGCAACCCCCAUGCCAGGAGUUGAUGGCAAAAGAUCUUCAUGGCAAUGAGUGGAAAUUCCGUCACAUCUUUCGUGGCCAGCCAAAGCGGCAUCUUCUAACUACAGGUUGGAGUGUCUUUGUAAGUGCAAAGAGACUCGUUGCUGGCGACUCUGUCCUUUUUAUCUGGAAUGACAAUAACCAGCUUCUGCUGGGAAUUCGUCGUGCAAAUCGGCCACAAACUGUCAUGCCAUCUUCAGUCUUAUCAAGCGAUAGCAUGCAUAUCGGUCUUCUUGCUGCAGCUGCUCAUGCUGCUUCGACAAAUAGCCGAUUUACAAUUUUUUACAACCCAAGGGCAAGCCCUUCAGAGUUUGUCAUACCACUCGUAAAGUAUGUUAAGGCUGUGUAUCAUACCCGCAUAUCUGUGGGGAUGCGAUUCAGGAUGCUUUUUGAGACAGAAGAGUCUAGCGUUAGGAGAUACAUGGGGACAAUUACCGGAAUCUGUGAUCUUGAUUCUGUUCGGUGGCCAAAUUCACACUGGCGUUCUGUUAAGGUUGGCUGGGAUGAGUCAACUGCUGGUGAGCGACAACCAAGGGUGUCACUAUGGGAGAUUGAACCCCUGACAACUUUCCCAAUGUAUCCAUCUCCUUUUCCGCUCAGGCUCAAGCGUCCAUGGCCAACAGGCUUGCCUUCUCUGCAUGGUGGGAAGGAUGAUGACCUGGCUAACUCUCUCAUGUGGCUUCGAGAUACCGCAAAUCCUGGUUUUCAGUCGUUAAAUUUUGGUGGACUUGGUAUGAGCCCUUGGAUGCAGCCAAGGCUGGAUGCUACCUUACUUGGUCUGCAACCUGACAUGUAUCAGGCGAUGGCCACAGCUGCUUUUCAGGAUGCAACAAAGCAGGCAUCGCCCACAAUGCUGCAGUUCCAGCAGCCCCAGAACAUAGCUGGCCGGGCUUCCCCGCUUCUUUCAAGUCAGAUUUUGCAGCAAGCACAUCAUCAAUUUCAGCAGCAACCGUACCUUCAAAACAUCUCUGAGAGCACAAUCCAAGCACAGGGUCAGUCUGAGUUCCUCAAGCAGCAGAUCCAACGCAGCCAGUCAUUCAAUGAGCAGAAGCCCCAGAUGCAACACCAGCAAGAAUCACAGCAGCAGCAGCAACCACAGUGUCUGCCAGUCCCCCAACAUCAGCAAAUGCAACAACAGAAUAUGACCAACUACCAGUCUAUAUCUAAUGCAUUAUCACCGUUUUCUCAGCUGUCGCCAGUUUCUCAGUCUUCACCUAUGGCGCUGCAGACUAUAUUACCGUUCUCGCAGGCACAGAGCUUCACAGACACGAAUGUAGGUUCAUUGUCUCCAUCCAAUGGUAACACCAUGCAAAACACACUGAGGCCGUUCUCAUCAGAAGCAGUUUCUCACCUCAGUAUGCCGAGGCCCACUGCGAUACCUGUCGCAGACCCAUGGUCGUCGAAGCGUGUCGCGGUGGAGUCUCUGCUUCCUUCUCGGCCUCAGGUUUCAUCCCAGAUGGAACAAUUGGACCCUGCACCAGCUAGUAUACCUCAUAGCUCUGCGUUGGCACCACUUCCCGGAAGAGGGUGCUUGGUUGACCAAGAUGUGAACUCUGAUCCUCAAAAUCAUCUCUUGUUCGGUGUUAGUAUAGACUCGCAGUCACUGCUAAUGCAAGGGGGCAUUCCUGGUCUCCAAAACGGGAAUGAUUCAGCUGCUAUACCUUAUUCCACUUCCAAUUUCCUCAGCCCUUCUCAGAAUGACUUUCCUCUGGACCAUACACUAAAUUCUUCAGGCUGCUUAGAUGAUUCUGGGUACGUCCCGCCAUGUUCAGAUAAUUCUGACAAAGUGAACCGACCACCAGCGACCUUCGUGAAGGUUUACAAAUCUGGAACCUACGGGAGGUCGCUUGAUAUCACUAGGUUUAGCAGCUAUCACGAGCUCCGUAGGGAACUGGGGCGCCUAUUUGGCCUUGAGGGCCAGUUGGAAGACCCAUUGAGAUCAGGCUGGCAGCUUGUAUUCGUCGACCGUGAGGAGGACGUCCUUCUCGUGGGCGACGACCCUUGGCAGGAAUUCGUGAGCACGGUGUCCUGCAUAAAGAUCCUCUCCCCGCAGGAGGUGCAGCAGAUGGGGAAGCAGGGCCUGGAGCUCCUGAGCUCGGCCCCCGCGCGGAGGCUCGGUAGCAGCUGUGACGACUACGUCAGCAGGCAGGAGUCGAGAAGCCUGAGCACCGGGAUCGCGUCCGUCGGUUCGGUCGAGUUGGGAUGAGCAGCAAGAUAGCGCGCACGCAGCAGCAGCAGCAGCAGGUUACGCAUCCUCAGCCUCAGGGUAGGUAGGGGACUGAAGGGUUGGUCUGCGACUUGAUGACCCACGAGCUCCUCGUUGCGCGCUUCGUUCGCCUCCAUGCGAUGGAUAGAAGUUCAGCGCAGACCAAGCCUUAGCUCUGCGAGCUAUGUACCAUCUAAUAAUUCUGUCCGUGUCGUACCAUGUCAACUCCUAAGUAGAAGAAUUGAAGAAACUACCAGCAGCCGCUGUCUGGUAUACACGCUGAAACAUUUUUUUUCUUGUAUGGAGAAAUACUAAUCAUCUGGAUGUAGCCAGGCCUA